AUGGCCGGCGGAAAGGGCAAGUCUUCGGGAGGCAAGAGCUCCGGCGGCAAGACGUCUGGCGUCGACGGCCCCAAGAAACAGCAAAGCCACUCCGCGCGCGCUGGUCUCCAGUUCCCAUGCGGCCGUGUCAAGCGUUUCCUCAAGCAAAACACACAAAACAAGAUGCGCGUCGGCGCCAAGGCUGCUGUUUACGUUACUGCCGUGCUGGAAUAUCUCACUGCCGAGGUUCUUGAACUUGCGGGGAAUGCGGCCAAGGAUCUCAAGGUGAAGCGCAUCACCCCCCGCCAUCUUCAGCUAGCCAUUCGCGGCGACGAAGAGCUGGAUACCCUGAUCCGCGCCACUAUUGCCUUUGGUGGUGUCCUCCCGCACAUCAACCGCGCGCUUCUCCUCAAAGUGGAGCAGAAAAAGAAGGCCAAGGCGGCAGAG